CUAGUACAAGAAAUAUGAACAUUUCAAAAGGUCAAUUUAAGAAAAUUUUGAGUGCGGAAGUAGAGUGUAAAGAUCCUAUCCAAAAACUCAUUCAUUAAAAGUUCUAAUUAGGUUAAUCGACGGAGACAGUUAUAGAGAGAGAAUCUUCGCCGUCCUCCGCUUCUCUUUCUCUUCGCCGCUUAUCUUUCUCUUCGCCGUCCUCCGCUUCUCUUUCUCUUCGCCGUCCGCCGCUUCUCUUUCUCUUCGCCGUUCUCCGCUUAUCUUUCUCUUCGCCGUCCUCCGCUUCUCUUUCUCUUCGCCGUCCGCCGCUUCUCUUUCUCUUCGCCGUCCGCCGCUUCUCUUCUCAAAGAAAAUAGGUUUCUCUGCAUCUAAUGGAAUCGUCUACUUCUUCAAGGAGUAUUAUGGAGCUCACAAGCAGCAUUGAAGUUCUCAUAGCCAAUAAAGUUGACCUUGACGUCCUCAAGACCAUAAGCUAUGAAAUAAACGUGUUGGAACCUUUCUUUAGCCAAUUGAAAGAUGGCUCAAAAUCAAUCAUUGGUGUUCACAGUGGCCCUAAAAGUAUUCAAUCUGGAACAUCAAUUCUUUUGAACAAGUAUGCGAUACUUGAAGUUCAGGAUGUUCGACAAUAUGCUUGUUUUGCUGAUCUCUUUGAUAAAGAGGGUGUUACUAAAGUCCUUCCUGAUCUGGAUUUUGUCAAAGAAGGUGUUGGGCUGUGUGGAAUACUUUUUCCGAAAGAGGAAUGGGUUGGUGGUGUGUUAGCUGUGACCGUGAAAUACUCAAAAAUUCAGCCAUAUGUUCCCUUAGUUGAAAUUCUAUCCACGAACAGUACAGAGUCGGAGACCAGAACAGAGUCGAAGACCAGAACAGAGUCGGAGACCAGCACAGAGUCGGAGACCAGCACAGAGUCGGAGACCAGCACAGAGUCGGAGCCUGCUGAAUAUGAGGAAGUGAAGGGGAUGGGGUCAUUGACAUGGUUACCUCUUAACCAAAAGUCUCGCUAUUUGACUGAUUUUGAAGAAAUGGGCGACGACAUUCUAGGUGAAGGUGGCUAUGGUUAUGUUGUCAAAUGCAAACACAACAUUGACGGGAGAAUAUAUGCCGUAAAGAAGAUUCCUAUUGAGGAUAUGGAUAGAUGUAAGAGGGAAGUAAUCACGCUAGCAGUUUUGCAACACAAGCAUAUAGUUCGCUAUUAUCAGGCUUGGAUUGAAAGAGACUCAGGUCGGUUUAAAGACAACAGCAGUGAUCCUAGUGAUCCUGAAUCUACCAAGCAGCAUUUGGACAUUGAUAGACAGCUUUUGCAUAUCCAGAUGGAGUAUUGUCCGGAGUCACUUGAUGCAUUUCUUAGCCGCUAUGAGCAGUUUCGUGAGGAUGUUGCUAUACGUGUGUGUCGACAAAUAGUCGAGGGUAUUAUCCACAUACACGAGCACAAUAUCGUGCAUAGGGAUUUGAAUCCUCGAAAUAUCCUUUUUGACACUAGCUGUAAUGUCAAAAUUGGAGACUUUGGGCCUGGCCAAGGUGUUGAAUGAUGACAAGAAGGAUUAUCAUGCCACUCCAAAAGUGGGUGCUGAACUGUAUUUGGCACCAGAAGUUAGUGGGGGACUCCCUAUUGAUUAGAAGGUUGAUAUAUACAGCAUUGGAGUUGUGUUUUUUGAGGUGUGGCAUCCAUUUAGCACCAAUGCAGAGAGAGUAAAGAUUCUCGAAUCUUUGAAAGAUAAAGCAGAGUUUCCAGAAUCAUGGUGUCAUAAAUAUCCAAGUCUAUCAUCGCUUAUCAAACGGAUGACAUCCCGUGAUCCCUUGAAUCGUCCUUCUGCUAUUGACCUUCGUUCUCUAUUGGAAUUUUCUUAGGUUUUCUAUUAGCUAAAACUGUUCUAACAGUUUACUUGCUACUACUGACAGAAAUUCUGUCAAUCUUCUUGUGGACUAGAGUAUAGCUUAGCAACAAAUUAAUGAGGAUAUCAAAAUUGUGUUGGUCUUUAGCAAUGCAACUUGAAUUUGACAUACAGUUCAUUAGCCGUAUUUCAAAUAAGUGAUAUUCUACAUACAAAUCAAUUUUGAGAAGCGAUAUAAUUAUCAA